GACACAGCUGUUGCUCCCUUUCCUCCAGCCUGCCUCACUCUGUGACCAUGAGAGCUGCCUACCUCUUCCUGCUGCUCCUGCCCGGCCUGCUGGCUCAAGGCCAGUACGACCUGGACCCGCUGCCUCCGUUCCCUGACCACGGCCAGUACACCCACUACGGUGACCAGAUUGACAGCCCGGACUACUAUGACUACCAAGAGAUGACUUCUCGGCCCCCGGAGGAGCAGUUCCAGUUCCAGUCCCAGCAGCAAGUCCAACAGGAAGUCAUUCCGGCCCCCACCCCAGAACCAGGAAAUGCCGAGACGGAGCCGACAGAGCCUGGGCCUCUUGACUGCCGCGAGGAACAGUACCCCUGCACCCGCCUCUACUCCAUACACAAGCCUUGCAAACAGUGUCUCAACGAGGUCUGCUUCUACAGCCUCCGCCGUGUGUAUGUUGUCAACAAGGAGAUCUGUGUCCGCACGGUCUGUGCCCACGAGGAGCUCCUCCGAGCUGACCUGUGUCGGGACAAGUUCUCCAAAUGUGGCGUGAUGGCCAGCAGUGGCCUGUGCCAAUCUGUGGCUGCCUCCUGUGCCAGGAGCUGCGGGGGCUGCUAGGGCACAGCCAGCAUCCCGAGCCCGGCCCUCCGGGGAUCCGUGGGCCCUCAGGCCCUGCCUGAUCUGGUGCUUUCUCCCCAUCCUGACGUUCCUCUCCUUCCAGAGUUAGUGGACUGCAGCGGGCUGUGAUGCCCCAGGUCCUGGGCACAGUGGGGGCUCCCCAAGUUCUAGUCUCUGCCCCCAGAUGGAGGGCACCCCAGGCCUCCUUGUGGGACCCGGGUCCUGAUGUGCCUUCUCAGCCCUGAGGACAGUGUCCCUCAUCCCCCAAUGUAACUGUGCCCCUUGCCCAGCUGGUCUGUAAGGAUUUCCUACAGCCCACGGGUCAUGGACACCUUUGUUUUAUACAAGAUUAAAAAUAAGUUUUUACAGAA